GAAGCCAGCUCCGCCAUACCGCCAGAAGUCGUGGCUCCCCCGGCUCCAUUCUCCCCCAGUCGACAGCAUGUCUGCCCCCGACAACAAGCAGGGCUUCCUCUCCAACCUGUCGCCAUGGGCCUCGCGUGCCAGCACCCCCAAGCCUCCCGCGACGCCCAAGCCUGAGGGAGGCACGGAAAGAGCAAAAAAGAUGGACCAGGAGAGGGACAGGGAGCUCGCGGCCACGGUGCUGGCGUCCCAGCAGGGAGGCGACCACAUCAUCGACCGCAGGCAGAGGCUGAGCCUGAAGCGCUAUCCCCCCGACUGCCCUCCGCUGGCCGUGAGGUGGUUCCAUGCCAUAGACACGCCCAAGAGAAAGCCGCUCUCGAAACACGCAAUGGCGCCCGACACGGUCCUGCCCAAGCCCAAGAAAUGGCUGCCCUUUAGUGCCAGCGACUCGCGCGCCAUCGAGACGGCAUUCCAGAAGACCGCCGACGAGGCAGACACGGACGAGCUACGAAGGGGUAUAGCGAGCCCUGCAACACCCAUCCAGCACAGCCCUAUCGCUUCCAAGACUACAAAGGUCCCUGUCAACGAGGACUACCUAUUCGACGUUGAAAUAGAGACACGCGAGUUGGCGCCCGCUUACUGGCUGGGCCCUGUAUACGAUGUCAAGCGAGGGACGUGGUUCACUCAGGAUGGAGAGGCGGUUGACGAGGGUCUGGCUAUGCAGCUUGAGGAAGGUUAUUUGAAAGUCAAGCCGUGGAAAUUUGGGAAACCAGAGCAAAAGCGAGCGGCUUCGCAGCCUCGUGCAAGACCGCUGUCCAUGGGACCAUUGGACGAUGAUCACCGAAAGGAGCUGGGAAGGCUGAACCGUGACUCGACAUCAAAUCCCGUCACACCCAAAUCUUCGUACGAUAGCUUGAAAAAGGAAGCCUCAAAGCAGCCUGAAGAUGCAAAAUCAAGCGAUGCCUCCACCACUUCAAAUGCUCCAGCCGAUUUGCCCCGAACACAUCGACUUUUCGGCGCCCACCUGAACUCGACCGUGACAUAUCAAGACGAGACGACAGCAUGGUUGCUGACUGAUGACAUGUGGUCGCGUAUGGGCAGCACCCUGUACCAACGCUUUGCUGGAGGUGCGCAUUAUGCUGGGCACAAGUACAUCCGCGGGUAUACAGAUCCAGCAGAGAAGAAGAAGCAACCGAACCCAGCAAAAGACCCCCAAAGCGCGAAACCACCCGAGCGCUCCGUAACCCCAUCUCUGGCAUAUGGAUCAGACCACGGGAAACAGUCUGAUUCCGACGCCAGUGUCGACGAAGAUACAUCAGAAAACGAGCGGAGCAUGUCGCCUUCUCAGACGCGUAGGCGCAAUCUUGAAAGACAGGUUUCCUCGCUCAUGACGUCGUUGAAACCGGAAUAUGAGCAGCAACAGCAGGAAGAAAUGCGGAAGCGCGAAGAGAAGGAAAUGCGGGAAGACUACAAGACCCAAAACGACAGUGAUCAAGGCCGCGAGAUCGAGCAUCUCCUUUUAGUCACCCACGGCAUUGGCCAGCGGCUUGGAAUGCGCAUGGAGUCGAUCAACUUCAUCCAUGAUGUAAACACUAUGCGCAAGUCCCUCAAGUCUGUAUAUGCAGCUUCGCCCGACCUCCAAGCUCUCAACGCGGAAGUAGAUUCUGAAUCCAAGAACAACCGUAUCCAGUGCAUCCCCAUCAUCUGGCGACACCUUUUAGACUUUCCAAAACAGAGCUUGAGGCACAAUCGCAAGGAACAUGACCUGGGCGAUCUCGACCACGAAGACGAGGAGUAUCCAAAUCUAGACGACAUUACGGUCGAAGGAGUCCCAGCCGUGCGCAAUUUUCUUACCGAUCUCGCUCUUGAUAUCCUGUUGUACCAAAGUCCCGCAUACAAAGGCCACAUCUCACGUAUCGUUGUGAACGAGCUCAACCGUACCUAUCGCCUCUUCAAGGAGCGGAAUCCUUCGUUCAAGGGCAAAGUCAGUUUAGUCGGGCAUUCGCUUGGAUCUGCCAUCAUGUUUGAUGUUUUGUGCAUGCAAAAGGAUCCCAAGGCAGCACCGAGCUCACAUUCAACCAGACAGCGACGAUCAACUGAAGAGGGUUUGAAGCUAGACUUUGAAGUGGAAGACUUUUAUGCACUUGGAUCACCUAUAGGUCUUUUCCAGAUGCUUAAGGGGCGGACGAUUGCCGGAAGGCCAAAGGCUGCGUUUGUUCCACCCAAGACACCUUCAACGCCUAUUGACGAUCCCUUCUCGCCAGGUGGUGAUGAGCAUGCUUUUGACAUCACAACUUCUUCGCCUCUCUGCAAACAAGUCUUCAACAUUUUCCAUCCCACAGAUCCAAUCAGCUAUCGUCUUGAACCUCUAAUAUCGCCCGCAAUGUCUACUCUCAAGGCACAGCCCCUGCCGUAUACAAAGAAGGGCAUCUUUGGAGCACCCGCCUCUCAGGGCAUAACUGGUAUUGGACAACGAGUUGGCCAGGGCGUGACUGACUUUUGGACCUCUCUCGGCUCAGGUAUCGCAAGCGGACUCCUCAACCGCAGUCUAGGCAUCUCCGGCAGUGACAUGGCAGGUGGAGCCCCUCAAGGCCAACGCUCCUCACGCCCUCUCAGCGCAGCACCCAAUGCAAGCAACCCAAAUCUCGUCCCUGGCCUCAACGAACCGACCAGUGCCUUUAUCAGCGAAGAGCGCCGACGGCGUCUUGGCCAAGAGACCAUUGCCGAGGGUGAAUAUGGCGAACACCCACCCACUCUGAUUGAAUCCGACAUUGAAACCCUCUUUACCGGCUUCCAGAAGCGCCGGAAAAGCCAGCCAACCGAUGACAGCGAACACGACACCAAGGAUCUCGAGUGGCAGGAACUCGAGGAACGAAGCCGCAAGUUGAAAAAGGAAGAGCUCAAAGUCCGUCGUUUGAAUUCAAAUGGAAGGGUGGAUUAUAGUAUCCAAGAGGGGGCCUUUGACAUUUCGCUCCUGGCGAGUAUAGCAAGUCACAUGACGUACUGGGCCGAUGAGGACGUGUCGCAUUUUAUGAUUUCUCAGCUCCUCGCUAGACAUCGCGUCUUCAAACCAAAAGAAUAG